AUUUCACACAAUCUAUGGCCAACACAAUGAGAUCCAUGAGAUUUUUACUACUCUUUGUCUUCAUAUUAAGUAUGUUUUCAAUAAUCUACAAUAAAUCAGAUAUGGAUAUAAUGAGAGAGAAAUGUGUGGCCACAAUCCGCAAACGAAGUUUCAUGCAUUGCUUUCAAGACUUCGAUAACGAAGCCAAUAAACCCAAAGAGGAAAGAAAUAUGAAGGCCUUAUGCUGUGCCGGUUUUUUCAUGGAGUCGUGUGCGCUGAAGAUCAUUGAGAGACAUUGCGGCCAAACCAUCAAAAACAAUGCCAAACAAUUCAUCGACAAAUACAGAUUGCCUUCGAAGGAAUGUAUUGAUUACGGAACCAUCACUUGUAUGAUAACCACAAACGUGAUCAUUGGUGUGGCCGUCGGUCUCACACUUGUCCUCCUUUUAGUCCUGUCGUUAAUUUAUUGGGUUAUUGUCAUGUAUUCAUUGAAUGAAUGCAAUGUUUUAUUGGACGAAGUGAAGACUUUAUGGGAAGUUGGCAAAUGUUUGGCCAAAAUCACACCCAAACUCACUACCGCUUGUGUUAAGAGCACUGACCACCAGAAUGCCGGAUUCACAGAGUACACAACUCAGGAGGUAUGUAACCCUACUAUCACUGCUGUCAUUACCAUCCCUCACACCACCGACAGGAUGGGUGCCGACGGUAUAACUCUCUCUACUCAUGUGCAGUGA